UUGAUCUUCAUUCCAAACGUUCUCUCUUUUAUUGGGCUUCCCUACAACUAAUACCAAAGUCAAAUACAUUAAAAACCACUCUCACUUUUCAUUUCUCUCCCACUCCUUCAAACUUCUGAGCCUACAAAAACACCCAAACAAUCUGGUUUAUGAUCUCCCACAACUCUCAAUACAACACAACUUCAAACCCUUUAUCAACCUCCUACUUCUCUAUCUAAAUCCUUCUGUUAAAAUUUCAUUGAUCAGCAUCCAACAGCUAGUGACAUUUUUUCAAAAAAAUUUGCAGAGACAAAUUAAACAAUAUGCAGGUGGCAAACAAGUCAGGAAUCAGAAUGGAGAGUGGCAUAGCCAUGAACACCACAGUCGACUCAGGACCAACUCAUGAGGUGCUGAACCUGGAGAGCCUGUACGAGACAGUGAGGAAGCUGGCCACUUGCAAUGCAGUGGUGGUGUUCAGCAUGAGUGGCUGCUGCAUGUGCACAGUGGCCAAGCGCCUCCUCUUCGGCCUCGGCGUAGGACCCACCAUCAUCGAGCUCGAUGAACAUCCCGCCGGCCACGACAUCCAGGCCGUGCUCUAUGACCUCUGCCCUGAUGGUCAGCAGUCCAUCCCGGCCAUCUUCAUCGGCGGCAAGUUCUUGGGUGGGAUCGAGACCCUCAUGGCUUGCCACAUCAAUGGCUCCCUUGUGCCUCUCCUCAAGGGUGCUGGGGCUCUCUGGCUUUGACUUCAUUUCAAUAUGGGGUAAAAGCUAAAGAGUGACUCUUAUUUGCAUAGAUGCAAUUGUAUUCAACAUCUAUUGCAAUUUAAUUGUAGUUUUACUGUGUUAUUUCCCCUUGUUUUUUUUUCAAUCUUUUUGGUAAGGAUGAGCUUGGAAUGCCAUUAAUUGGGGCUGUAAAAGACUUAUGUUAUAUAUUAAGCAAAAAUUUCAGGGCCAA